AUGUGUAACUUGAGUAUACACAAUACAACAAUAUGUAAAACAAAGGAGGCACCAUGUCGCGUGCGCUGGGUCAAGUUACAUAACAAUAACAUGUGGCUUUAUUCCUGCUGUGGGAAAUGCACAGUGCGCAUAUUUUGCAUUGACACUGGAGUUGUAUUGACAACACUGACCGGGAAUGGCCUUUUACAAAUCGGUCAAGGUUGUACAAUAAAAGGUGACACCUUCUCUAUAUUCACUCAAAAUAGUUAUAUGAGCCAAGUUAAGGUCCAAGAAAACAUACCGAUCCCAACCGAUUAUUCAAUAUUAAAUUCCAUAAUAAAUACUUCGGAUUUCCAACUGUUUACACCCGAGGAUCAUGAAGACUUGUGGCGCGGGAUGAAGUCUCAGAUCAUUAACCUCAAGGAGCAGGAAAACGCAUCACUCAGUAUACACGAUAUACAUCAGUACUCUGUCUUGUAUAUAAUCUUAGGGUCUAUCAUUGUUGCGGGAUGUCUGUACGGGACCAUGCGAUAUCGCAGAAACAAAAUUAUACAGAGCAGUGCUGUGACAGACGUCUCCACGACCGCAGUUCCAGUUGCAGCAGAUACGAACGAAGACCAGGAGGCCCCUGCUCCCCCGAGCGCGCGACCGCGAUUAGUUCGACUGGACAUACCAAUUAAAGUGUAG